CUUAUGGUUUGUACUAUAAUAAACGUUAGAAUAGCACAUUGGCUCUGGCGCGAUCCCUACGCUCCUAGCUGAAGCGAAUAACGUUAGGUCGUUUAAAAACACCUUACUUGAUAUCACCAUAAUUUUAGUAACGUAACGUUAUUACGUUUUAGAAGAUAAUUUCGGGUCUUGGACGAAUCGAUAGUAUCCAGUCUUCAAUUCGGCACACACCCUUUUUCCCAAGCAGUCUUAAUUACCCUAAUAAUUGGACGUUUAUUACAGUCAUAGAAAUAAGCUGGAGAACCAGUGUAUGAACAGAGCAUCAGAGAACAAUGUCUCCUCCACGGCUCACAGGUGCACUGCGCUCCUUCUCCAAUGUCAGCAAGAAGGAGGACUUUACUGAACAGCUCUAUGAUCUGAAGACCAAACGACUGAAGAGACAGGAGUUGUUUGCCAGAGAGGGCCUGACGUGGCAGAAGAUUGUCCGUUUCUGCACUGAGCAUCGGGACAAAGCUAAGCAGCAAGCUGUCAGUCAGGAACUGAAGAGCCUCCUUCUGGCAGCCAAACAGAUUGUGGGGACUGAACAUGGUCAGGAGGCCAUUGAAAGUGCUGCUGUCUUUCUGUUUGAGACCUUCCACAACAAAGACCAUGUGGGCACCGAGGAAACCCGGGCCAUUAAACAGAUGUUUGGCCCCUUUCCGUCAUCUGCAGCAGAAGCCGCCUGUGUUUGUGUGGCUCAGCUGGUGGCUCCAUCUGGAGACUCCCGUGUUGAGGACUUUAUCCAGACCCAGAGCUCCCAUCACAACCCCCACCGAGUCUCCACUUUCGGACGCAACAUCACCUUUUCAUAUGACUGCUACACACUAGACCCACUGGAGGACUUGCCCAUCACUGGUAUCCAUGAGGACGACGUGAGUCUAGACUUUAUCAACUUGCUGAACAACCAGCAGAGCGGGAGGAAGAUCGGCGGUGAGGAACAGGUGUCCAGUUCAGGAAGAUCUCUGAGCUCUGGGGAUGGAGCCAUCCUUAGAACAGAGGUGGAGAAGUAUCUGAACGGAGGCAACAUGAUCUCGUCCUGCCCAGAGGAGCUGUGCACCUCCCUGUUUGAAAUGUUGGCCUCCCACAAGAGUGACGAUGAGCUGCAGAAUGAGCUGUUUGAGCUGCUGGGCCCAGAGGGGCUGGAGAUGAUCUCCACCCUCCUCCAGCAAAGGGCGGCCAUCGUUGAUUCCCUCCUCACCAUCCCACCUGACAGGACUGGCUACCCACCAGAUGUGAGCCGUAAAGUCAGUGGCGAAGUGACCAAGCCCACCUAUGGGUGCCAGGUGACCAUCCAGUCAGAGCAGGAGAAACAGAUGAUGAAGAUGUACCGCAGGGAGGAGAAGCGAGAGAGGAAGAGAGGCAAAGGAACAGAUGACAGCGACUCCUCAGAUGCUGUCUUGACCUUCGACCCCAGAGAGAUGAGAGCCCAGCGGGAGCAGGCCCUGCUGACUGCACGCCGUGAACCUAUACUGAGCAGAGAAAGGGUUUCUGAACGCAUUCGGUAUCCCAAUGUCUACGACAGCUAUGCAGAGGCCACAAAGACACCUGCGUUUGUUGGAGGAGCCAGGAUGCUUCUACCCGAGGGAAUCCGCAGGGAGAACAACAAGAUGUACGAAGAGGUGGAGAUCCCACCCAACGAACCCAUGCCUAUCGGCUUUGAAGAGAAGCCUGUCUACAUCUCUGAACUAGAUGAGAUCGGCCAGCUGGUGUUCAAGGGGAUGAAGCGUCUGAACAGGAUCCAGUCCGUGGUGUUUGAGACAGCCUACAACACCAACGAAAACCUUCUCAUCUGCGCUCCAACUGGCGCUGGCAAGACCAACAUCGCUAUGCUGACCGUCCUUCACGAGAUCCGCCAGCAUCUGCAGCCCGGUGGCGUCAUCAAGAAGGAUGAAUUCAAGAUAGUAUAUGUGGCUCCUAUGAAGGCCUUGGCAGCUGAGAUGACUAAUUACUUCAGUAAGCGACUGGAGCCACUGGGCAUCACUGUUAAAGAACUCACUGGAGACAUGCAGCUAACCAAAGGAGAGAUCCUGCGAACACAGAUGUUGGUGACGACUCCAGAGAAGUGGGAUGUUGUGACCAGGAAGAGUGUCGGAGAUGUGGCUCUCUCCCAGAUCGUGCGUCUCCUAAUCUUAGAUGAAGUUCACCUUCUCCAUGAAGACCGAGGACCAGUACUGGAGAGCCUGGUGGCCAGGACCAUCAGACAGGUGGAGUCCACCCAGAGUAUGAUCAGGAUCCUGGGACUAUCAGCCACCCUGCCCAACUAUCUGGAUGUGGCUGCCUUCCUACACGUCAACCCCUAUAUUGGCCUCUUUUUCUUUGACAGUCGCUUCAGACCGGUGCCCCUGGGACAGACCUUUGUUGGCAUCAAAACCACCAGCAAGAUCCAGCAGCUUCAUGACAUGGAGGAAGUUUGUUACAACAAAGUUCUGGAGCAGGUUAAAGCCGGUCAUCAGGUGAUGGUGUUUGUCCAUGCUCGUAAUGCCACGGUGAGGACGGCCAUGGGGCUGAUCGAGAUGGCAAAGAACCAUGGAGAAAUAUGCUUCUUUCAACCUGACCAGGGUCCAGACUAUGGCCAGUGUGAGAAACAGAUCCAGCGUUCCAGAAACAAGCAGAUGAAGGAGAUGUUCCCAGAAGGCUUUGGUAUCCACCAUGCUGGCAUGCUGCGGUCUGACCGCAGCCUGAUGGAGAGCAUGUUCUCCAAAGGCCACCUUAAGGUGCUGGUCUGUACUGCCACCCUGGCCUGGGGAGUGAACCUGCCGGCCCAUGCAGUUAUCAUCAAGGGUACUCAAAUCUACGAUGCCAAGCGCGGUACCCUGGUGGAUCUGGGCAUCCUGGACGUCAUGCAGAUUUUCGGGCGCGCAGGUCGCCCCCAGUUUGACAAGUACGGUGAGGGCACCAUCAUCACCACCCAUGACAAACUGAGCCACUACCUGACUCUGCUGACCCAGCAGAACCCCAUCGAGAGUCAGUUCCUGGACAGCCUGGCCGACAACCUCAACGCUGAGGUUGCUCUGGGGACUGUCACCAACGUGGAGGAAGCAGUGAAGUGGCUCAGUUACACUUACCUCUAUGUUCGCAUGAGGGCCAACCCACUGGCAUACGGCAUCAACCACAAGGCUUAUCAGAUGGAUCCCUCCUUGGAGCUGUACAGGAAGGAGCUGGUGGUGGAGUCGGGCAGAAAGCUGGAUAAGGCCAGGAUGAUCCGCUUCGAGGAGCGCACCGGCUAUUAUGCCUCCACUGACCUGGGCAGGACCGCCAGCCACUUCUACAUCAGAUACAACACCAUAGAGACUUUCAACGAGAAUUUCAACUCUCAGCGAACCGAAGCUGACAUCCUCAGUAUUGUGUCCAAGGCCGAAGAGUUUGAACAGCUUAAGGUCCGGGAUGAGGAGCUGGAGGAGCUGGAGCAGUUGCUGUGUAACUACUGUGAGCUGCCGGCUGCAGGCGGGGUGGAGAACGGCUACGGCAAGAUCAACAUUCUGCUCCAGACGUACAUCAGCCGCGGAGAGGUGGACAGCUUCUCCCUCAUCUCAGACCUGUCGUAUGUGGCUCAGAAUGCUGCUCGUAUCAUCAGGGCUUUGUUUGAGAUUGCUCUGAGGAAGCGGUGGCCGGCCAUGACCUACCGACUGCUCACCCUCUGUAAGGUGAUUGACAAGCGGCUGUGGGGCUUUGCUCACCCUCUCCGCCAGUUCCCAAACCUGAGCCAUGUUGUACUGAACCGCUUGGAGGAGAAGAAGCUCACUGUGGACAAACUGAAGGACAUGAGGAAGGAUGAGAUCGGUCACAUGCUGCACCAUGUCAACAUCGGGUUAUCAGUCAAACAAUGCGUCCACCAGAUCCCCUCGAUCACAAUGGAAGCCAGCAUUCAGCCAAUCACACGCACCGUCCUACGUGUUCGUCUCAUCGUCACGCCUGACUUUCGCUGGAAUGACCAGGUCCAUGGGUCAGUGGGUGAGCCAUGGUGGUUAUGGGUGGAGGAUCCCAUCAAUGAUCACAUCUACCACUCAGAGUACUUCCUCCUGCAGAAAAAGCAGGUGGUAACAGGAGAGCCUCAGCACAUAGUGUUCACCAUCCCCAUCUUUGAGCCAUUGCCUUCCCAGUACUACAUCAAGGCAGUGUCUGACCGCUGGCUUGGGGCCGAGGCUGUCUGCAUUAUUAACUUCCAGAACCUCAUCUUACCCGAGAGACACCCCCCACACACUGAGCUGCUGGACCUGCAGCCGCUGCCGGUGACUGCUCUGGGUAACCGGGAGUACGAGAGCCUGUACAAGUUCACUCACUUCAACCCCAUCCAGACUCAGAUCUUCCACACGCUGUAUCACACCGACACUAACAUCCUGCUGGGGGCGCCAACAGGCUCUGGAAAAACCAUUGCAGCAGAGAUGGCCAUGUUCCGGGUCUUCAACAAGUAUCCAACCCAUAAGGUGGUGUAUAUCGCCCCGCUGAAAGCCCUGGUCAGAGAGAGGAUUGAGGACUGGAAGAUCAGAAUUGAGGAGAAACUGGGGAAGAAAGUGGUGGAGCUGACAGGUGACGUGACUCCAGACAUGAGAGCUAUCGCGCAGGCUGACCUCAUCGUCACCACACCAGAGAAGUGGGAUGGAGUGAGCAGAAGCUGGCAGAACCGAAGCUAUGUUCAGAAAGUAGCCAUUCUCAUCAUAGAUGAGAUCCACCUGCUGGGUGAGGACAGGGGUCCAGUGUUGGAGGUCAUUGUGUCCAGGACCAACUUCAUCUCCUCUCACACUUCAAAGAGUGUCCGAGUAGUGGGUCUAUCCACGGCCCUGGCCAACGCUCGAGACCUCGCUGACUGGCUGGGAAUCGGACAGGUGGGUUUGUUUAACUUCCGUCCAUCUGUUCGCCCUGUACCGCUGGAAGUUCACAUCCAUGGUUUCCCAGGACAACACUACUGCCCUCGCAUGGCCAGCAUGAACAAGCCUACCUUCCAAGCGAUACGCAGCCACUCCCCAGCCAAGCCAGUGCUGAUUUUUGUGUCAUCACGACGGCAAACUCGACUGACCGCCCUGGACCUCAUCGCCUACCUGGCCACAGAGGACAACCCCAAACAGUGGCUGCACCAGGACGAGAGAGAGAUAGAGGAUAUCAUCGCCACAGUAAGGGAUUCCAACCUGAAGCUAACACUGGCCUUUGGGAUUGGCAUGCAUCACGCAGGCCUGCAUGAGAGAGACAGAAAGACUGUGGAGGAGCUGUUUGUCAACUGUAAGAUCCAGGUUUUGAUUGCCACCAGUACUCUGGCCUGGGGGGUGAACUUCCCUGCUCACCUGGUGGUCGUCAAGGGAACUGAAUACUAUGAUGGCAAAUCCAGGCGCUAUGUGGACUACCCCAUUACAGAUGUUCUGCAGAUGAUGGGGAGAGCAGGUCGGCCUCAGUUUGAUGACCAGGGCAAAGCAGUUAUCCUCGUCCACGACAUCAAGAAGGAUUUCUACAAGAAGUUCCUCUACGAGCCUUUCCCUGUUGAGUCCAGCCUCCUCAGUGUGCUGUCAGACCAUCUCAACGCUGAGAUUGCUGCAGGAACCAUCUCAUCCAAACAGGAUGCAAUGGACUACAUUACCUGGACAUACUUCUUCAGACGGCUGGUGAUGAACCCCAGUUAUUACAGCCUAGAAGACAUCAGCCACGAGUCCAUUAACAAAUACCUGUCCAACCUGGUGGAGAGAAGCCUGCGGGACCUGGAGUGCUCUUACUGCAUAGAGAUAAAAGAGGAUGAUCGGACCAUUGAGCCACUGUCUUAUGGUCGCAUCGCCUCCUAUUACUACCUGAAGCAUCAGACUGUUCGCAUGUUUAAAGAACGACUGAGGGCUGAGCUGCCCAUCCAUGAGCUGCUCUCCGUUCUAACAGAUGCAGAGGAGUACGCAGAGCUGCCCGUCAGACACAACGAGGACCAGCUGAACAGCCAGCUGGCUCAGCAGCUCCCCCUGCAGGUCAAUCCCCACUCCUAUGACAGCGCCCACACCAAGACCCACCUGCUGCUGCAGGCCCACUUCAGCCACGCCCAGCUGCCAUGCAGCGACUACACCACCGAUACCAAGACAGUGCUGGACAACGCUAUCCGAAUCUGUCAGGCAAUGCUAGAUUUAGCUGCCAAUGAAGGUUGGCUCGUUACAGCCAUCAGCAUCUGCAACCUGGUGCAGAUGAUCGUCCAGGGCCGCUGGCUGCAUGACUCCUCAUUACUGACACUGCCACAUGUAGAACAACAAGACCUCUAUCUGUUCAGGAAAUGGGCAAACACGAAGGGGAGGAGCAAUGUGGGAGGCUUCAACAGGCCAAUCGAAGGGCUUCCUGAGCUGAUUGCUGCCUGCAAUGGAAAGGAAAGUGUUUUCGCUGCUUUCGUCAACCAAGAGUUUCAAUCAAGUCAGAUUUCCCAGGCGUGGUCCUUCCUGAGUCAUCUCCCAGUGCUGGAGGUUCAGAUGAGCGUGAAGGGCUGGUGGGAGGACAGCCAGGAGCAGACAGAGCGUCCCCUGCCUGUAGCGGGAGCUAACCUGAGGGAGGAGAGCAGCUGGCUGGAUGUCCACGCUGACCAGGAGUACGUCCUGCAGGUGUCACUGAGACGCAUCAACCUGGGCCAUCAGAGGAGGAAGCAGGACAGUAAGGCCCAGGCUCCCAGGUUUCCCAAGGUGAAGGAUGAAGGCUGGUUCCUGGUCCUGGGGGAGGUGGAUCGCAGGGAGCUGCUGGCUGUCAAACGGGUUGGAUACGUGCGCAACUACUCAGCAGUGUCUGUGGCCUUCUACACACCGGAGAAGACUGGAAAGUGUAUCUACACACUGUACCUGAUGAGUGACAGCUACCUGGGUCUGGACCAGCAGUACGAGAUCCACCUGAAUGUAACACCUGCCAGCAUCGCUGCUCAGGUCAACACAGAAGUGACUCAGUGACUGACCUGCUCCUCAGCUCAGGAUCAGGGACAGAAAAACCCUUUAUCAGCAGAAUAGUUCCAACAGAUGAGUGAUGAAUCUGAAACACAGUGACUCUGUCAAAGGAGCUUUUUUUUUUUUUUGGCAUCCUCAUACUGUUAGGUGUCACUGAUCUGUGAUGAUCUGUGCAUUCCUGUGAUCAUUUAACAAUUACGGGUUGGAAUUUACUAUUUUGCUCUACCCACUUUGUAUCGGCUUCCCAUGUCUACCUCUGCUUCAGUUAGCAUUUUCUAACAUUGGCAGUGACCUUCACCUCUUACUUAAAGCGUAUGGAAUGUGACUGCAUUGCAUUCAGGUCUACUGAAGCUACUGUUAGAGAAAAAGGUACAUUUGUGCCUCUUCUACUAUGGAUUUCUCAGAUUAUUGAAUAUCAGUGUGAAAUGGGGGUCUAGAAGAAUCUCUUGUGAUUGAAAAAAACAUGUUCUUGAUGUUUUAGUUUACUUAAACAUAUUUUAUGUUUUCAUUUUAUUGAUUUAACCUAAUUUAACACUGAAUUACAUCAGGAACUUUCAAGUGUGUUGCACUUCUGGCCACACCCCAAUCAGUGAUGUCACACCAGGUAUUUAACCUUUGACAAGUGAUGCAAAAUACCUUCUGUACCAUCACUGGUAGACAAUAGUUAAGUCCCAUUUCAGAAGGUGUCCCCUCCAAAGUCUGUUUUUCUAGAACAAAUACGUUAUAACAGGACAACCGGCUGUCCCGUUCCACUUGUGCCCGUGAAAUAAAGCUUUCUUUUACCGAUGUUGGAGGACAGAACCCCUCCUCUGUAUCUGAAAAUCCUAUGAAAGCUGGUCACUUGUCUCAGGGAGACCAAAAUCUGAAGGCAAAAUAGUUUACACCCUGGCUACAUCACACUGCCUCCCCGAUCUCUGUAAGAACUCUGUGUCUUUGCAGUCUCAACACGAUGAAUUGUACAAAAAACAGCGCACACUUUCAGACAGUCUCUCCUCGAAGACACUGAUGGUGUUGCUCUUGGUUGUACACACAAAAACUGACAGUUGUGUUAAGAAUGAAAGAGCCUGAGAGAGAAGUUCAAACCCCGCCCACUUUUACACCUGCACCCUCACACCCAGCCAAUCGUUGUUUUAAGUGGCCACUUGGCCAGGUAUGUGUCUGAAAGCCCUCCCAGUCCUGCAAAGACCACACUCUCGUAGGCCUCGUCCACUGAAGGAGGCAGCCCUGAGAUGGGACAGAGCGUAUGCCGGGUUUGUAUGCCACUGUAGUUUGUCCGGGCAAACUGCGCUCCACAACAUUUACUCAAAAAAAAUCAAUUCCAGUCUCCAUCCAAUAUGUAGCAGAGGCUGCUACAGAGUUAUGCAAACAAGUCACUUGUUACCCUUUCAUAGACCGAGGAGAAUAAUGUCUGCUAAGGAUCCCGCAAAAAAUACACAAUUUGGCAAAAUAAUCAAUGUUCAGUGUAUUCACAGUGUUUCCACCCUGUGCAUUCCAAUCAUAAACCGCUCGGGUUUCACCAGCACUUCUACAAUAACGCAGACUGUAAUAUUGCUGGACAUUGUGUCAUGAGAAUAUGUAUCAAGCACUGAGAUGUGGUCAGAAUGCAACAUGCUUUACAGAUUCAGCCUGACAGAGAAUAAUACAGCAGCGGUAUUUCUGAGUGUUGAUCUAUCUGUUGUUUACCUGACCAAAAAUGUGUGAAAGAGAUGAACUUAUGUUCCGGGGUUUUCCUUUAAAAAGCAGAAAUAGACCUCCACAGACACUCGUGAACUAACCCAUGUUAUAACAACCACUGUGGCCUUGUGGGAAAAUAGCAAGGGGUAGAUGCAGAUGCAACAGUGAGCAGUUAAUGGCUCAGCUUUAGAUAACUGAAACAACUGAUUUGUGUAUGACAGCACGUCACCCUAACCCUCGUCAUAUUGGUAGGUUUAGGGUGACGUGCUGCAAGGAGCCUGCAGCUGUUGUGACACAGUAUUUAAAAAAUGGCUUUGGUGUAUUGAAUUGAUUAGAAUCAGAAGUUAGUUUAAAAAUCUUAAUUGAGACAUUGAUCCAGAGAUGAAACACAGCACGUUGGUUUUGCAGAGAGGGGAAAUGUGGCUUCACUGUGUCAAAGAGAAAAAAGCUGACAGUUUGUUUAAUCUGCUGCAGUGGAUUUCAGUGCAGGUGUGUGAAACAUGCUUCUUCCCACUACAGGGGCUUCACUCAGGAUCACCAAACAGUCACAUCUGUUUUGUCAAAUAAAUCUCCUCCCUAGAAAUUGUCCUUGGUUACUCAGAAGUGUCCCCAGCUGAAAACCUAGAAGAGACUGCAUCUUCCCAAACCUGAAACAGCUUUAGAAUAAUUCGGUUUUGUGACGUGUGCUAUGGUUGAAAUUUUGAAAUGUGUAUCAGUGAGUUUGUCCACUGCUGGCAAAUCGUUUGAACGUGUCGAUCAGCUUCUAAAUAAAAGCAUCACUUCACUCGAA